UUGCAAUGGCACGCUCGUCUAGUACUCGCUUGCCAAUCCUACGUAUUACUCCUGUAAGCGACUCCCAUAUAUUUACUUGGUGUUUUCCAUUUGGUAGGAUUGUUUGACACUGGAAAUUAGAAGUAUGACAAGUGCAGAAUUAGGGUGUUUAGAAACCGGCGACCUUCGAGUUUCGGGUGAGCUUAUUUGUAAAAUUUGCCAGGAUUUGUAUAAUUCUGGAUGGGUUACUGGUACCGGAGGUGGAAUUACUAUCCGUUCAGGAGAUGCGAUUGUCAUUGCUCCGUCCGGGGUCCAAAAAGAAAGGAUGCAAUUAGAGCACCUAUUUGUUAUGUCCUUGAAAACUCGUGAAUACCUUCAUAAGCCCUUGCAAGCUCUCAAGCCUUCCCAAUGUACCCCUCUGUUUUUAGCAGCUUACACUUGUCGCGAUGCUUAUGCAUGUAUUCACACUCACUCUCAAGAAGCUAUCUUAUUAUCACAAAUAUUUCCUGAUUCAGAUUAUUUCUCAGCUUCUGGUUUUGAAGUACUUCAACAUAUCCCUCGUGGAAGCAAGAAAAAUGGGUUUUAUUCUGUAACGGAGACUGUUAGAAUUCCUUUUAUUAAUAAUACGGCCCAUGAAAGCGACCUUCACGACAGUCUAAAGGCAGCUAUUUUGGCUUACCCAGAAGCAUGUGCCGUUAUCGUAAGGGAUCAUGGCAUUUAUUGCUGGGGUGACACAUGGCAAGAUACUAAAAUGAACACAGAGGCUGUAGAAUACUUAUUCCAAGCAUAUUUGAGAAGUAGAAAAAUCAAAGUCUAGACGAAAUGCGCUUUGAUACAAGCCGUUCUGGUUCUUUGCAUUACAAUAAAUAAUUUACUUAUUCAUUUACGAAGCUCAGCUGGUUUUAAAGUUUUAAUAUUGUUAAAUUAAUACAAUUAACUAUAGAAAAUAUUUUUAGAAGAGUUUUCGUUUCUUCCGCUUCCAUUUCUCCUCAUAUUUCUUGUACUGUUCUAUGUCUCUAUGAGAACAACUCCUUAACUUCGUUUGAAGAGCCGAUAUUUGAAACCCAAUUAAAGACUUGCUUGUAAUCUCAAUGGGAAUCUUGAUUUUAGAGACUAUGGCUGAAUUAUUUAGAUCUAGAGCGAAUCCGUUAGCAUGAUAAACAGUGCUUCGAUAAUCAGCUAAGUAUCUUCUCAUUUUAAUUUCAGACGUGGGUACUCUAAGAUUGCUACUCAAAUCUUCAAAAGCAUCAUCCACAAUUGAAGGUAAUCGGCGUCUUGGUUGCGGACCGGAAGAUUCAACGCCCAAUUCCUUUUGUUUAACAUCUUCAGUUAAAUCGGCAAAGGAAUGAUGAUGAAUCGUGUUUAAGUUCUGAAAUUUAAUUGUUGGGUUGCAAGCUGGAGGAAUUAAACGAGGAACAUCACUUUUUAGCCUUAGUUUUUGCCCAUUUUCAAUCACUUUUUGAACUCUUUUAUAUGAAGUUUUCGCUCUUUCCCACUUGAAAUCUUCAGAGUUUUUCGUCACAAGAAUAAACACUUUUCCAUCUUUUUUACGACCCGUCCUUCCCAUUCUUUGGAUCAUACGAAUCGGCGAGCUAGAAGUAUCGUAGCAAACGAUCAUAUCUGUAUCUCCAAUAUCCAAACCCUCUUCACCAAUACAAGUAGCAACUAAAACAUUAAUAACACCUGACUUGAACUGAGAUAUAAUUUCUUUUUGAAUCUUUUGACUCAUUCCCGCAGACUCCACAGAACUUGCUUGUCCAACAAACAAAGAAACUCUAAUGAGAGGUUUUUCGUUUGAAAAAGCUUUCAAUAUUUGCUCAGCAGUAUUACGAUACUCUGUAAAAAUCAUAACUCUGGAAUUGCUAUACUGCUGAGCCGCUUGCUGAAAGUGAUGUCUUAAUAUGCCUGACAGGUGCGUAAUUUUCGGAUGAUUAAUAAAUUGUCCACUCGCAAUGCUAUUUUGCAAAUGGCUCAAAUAAAAUAAAAAAGGAUUGCUUGUAAACAAAUGAUAUAGCUCUCCAGACUUUUUUCCCUCUGUUUCUGUCUGUAUCUCACAAAGCUUUUGAUAAAAUUGGAUGAUACCAUGACAAUCUAAUAGAUACAUUGCAUGAGCACAAGUAAUAAGAAGUUUAAAAUAACCAAAUAUUUUCAAUUUUUCUUUAUCUUGGUUUUCCUUUUCUCUGAAAGAAUAUCUCCUUAAAGCCAGCAGAAGAACAUAAGCUUUCAAAUUUCUGAGAUCGCAAGUAGAGGGAAUUACUUUCUUUUUUCGAAGAAAGUCAAAAUACGGAAAGUACAUAUCUGCAAAAUCUGCUUUCAGGUAUUGCAUAUCACGAGUAAGUUCAACCUUGACGACUUGGAUAUUCUUUUGGAAUACAUACGGCCGAAUGUCGACACUUUCCUCGUUACGAACAAUAACUUUUGAUAUAUGUAGACAAUCUAUAACCUUUUGUACAGCAGCUGUAGUAGAACCGGGUGUUGCCGUUAAAGCUAGAACUCGAAAGUGAGUAUUAUAUUUAAGUACUGCUCGAAUCACUUGAGCAUAAGGAUGACUUCCUGUAGCCUUGUGAGCCUCGUCGAUGACCAAGCAAACUAUGCUUGUCGCGUCGACUAAACCAGACCGUAAAUCAUUAUUAAGAGUCUGCGGAGUCAUAAAGAAAAUACGUUUUGCAUGGUAUUCUUUAGAGCGGUUUUCUGCUGAAAUGUUUCCGUUUAAUUCAGAUGUAUUAUGUGUCGGUACUCCUGUAAUCUCUACAACGGCAGUUCGUUGCUGUUGCAAAAGAGGUUUUGUAGGCGCAAUAAAUAUAAUCUUUCCAGUAGGAAACCAACGAUAAAAAUUUAGCAUUACGACAGCUGAAAUGAAUGUUUUCCCUAAACCUGUGGGCAAAGCUAAUAAAAGAUUAUGGUAAAAGGCUGUUUCGCAGAAGCAUCUUUGAUAUUCACGAAAUUCAUCCAUUUCAGGAUAAACCCAAUCAUUCAAAGCUUCCAUAUCCUUUUCCCAAUAAUUUUCUUGUUCGUAUUCUUUAACUAAUCUUGGUUUGAAGGUCAAAUCUCGUGCUACCUUGCCUUCCAAUGUCGGCUGAAUGCAUUGUUUCGAAUUCUUAUUUGAAUGUUCUUGCAAUACUAGCGAACUGGAAUUUGACAUCUUCGGAGUAAUUGGAGAAGUAAAAGAGGAAUUCUCAAGCUCCGUCAACAAGGAAGUCGCUGCUUCUUCCCAACUUAUGUCUGCAUCCUCAUCAGAUAAUACUUCAUUCAAGUGCAAAGGGUCCUUCGGGUCGCUUUCGUUGAGCAUUUAUUCUUGAAAUAAUAGGGAAAAGGGCCAGAGAAAGAGGGUAUAGGAAUUAAAAAAUAUAUCGGUAUAACUGUUUACAAAGAGAAAGAUUGACCAGGUUCAAAAGAAAGUUGAAGAGUUUUAUUUCAAAAGAUCUUGAUAUCCAAAAGAUAUCCGAGACAAUUAUCUCGCCAUGAUUGAAUUUAAGAAUUACUGUUUGUUAGUUAUAAGUCUCCCGUCAACAAUAGAUUGCUUCAGAGGAUUUUUGCUUUCGUGAAACAGUUUCUCCUUUCGUUUAUUUCACAAAAGUCUUUGAAAAUAUCUUGAAGUCCCUCGAAAUCUCGUUGAGAACUUAGAAAUUGCAGAAAGAAAUCUAAGAGAAUUGACAGCAGAGCUUGCAACUUAUGUUUUUUCCGACGAAUAAUAAUUAUUUUUAUUAAAGCAAGACUUAUCAAGUAAUGAAC